AUGAGCCCUUUCGCUGCUCUUCCGACAGGUGCUGGCGGUACCGGCAGCCGCAAUGGAUCCGUCAGCACCCACGCGAGCAUGGAGGCAACCAACUCGGCAGCUUCUCACGGUGGCUCCACAUCAACGGCAGCAGCCUCAACCGCUCCGCUUAUGCAGACGCCAGACGCUCGUCGUCACGGUCUCGGCCUCAUUAACGGCAGCGAGGCUCAUUCUUCGCCUGUAUCGCAGUCCUCGGCCGGCUUGUAUCAUCAGUUCCAAUCGAGCCGUCAAGUUGCAUCACCACACCAGGGUCAGCAGUAUCCGCAGCAAUCGCAUCAUCAGUAUCAGCAACAGCAACAGCAACUUCAUCACCACCAUCACCACCAUCAACACGGCGCUUCCAUCAGCAGCUCAGCCGGCUUGCGUCACGAUUCCACGGAUAGCGGUCUCACCCCCACCUUCUCGAGCAACGCCAUCGCGUACAGCAGCCCGAACCCUACAAACGACGCCCUUGACUCGGCUUCGCUGUCCGCCCACACCUCGACCGCCGUCUCCACCAACGCCUCGAGCCACGUUCUCAUCGCAAGCAUCGUCCAGAGACUAGUCAACAAGCUGCCAUGCAACUCAGGCUGGCGUCUGCAGGUGGUCGAGGAGGACGACCUGGUCCGCUCGUGCGUCAUCCACCUCAUCAACCUCAGCUGCUUCCAGCUCGGAAUCGUUGUCAAAGAGCUCCUGGGUGCCAUUGAGUUGCUCGUCAAGCAGUCGUCACAGCAGCGCCUCGAACAACAAGCCAGCAUCGGCAUACUCCAUUCGCAGCUUUUCAUCCUCAAGGUGUUGGUCUCUUGUCUCAAUCAUCAGUGGCGCAUUGCCUCGGGCUACACCAACAGCCCACUGCCGGAACUCGGUCCCCUUCCCAGCCCUGUCAACACCAACGGCAACAUGGACGACAGCCUUGGGCAGUGCACUUCAACCUCAGCGCUUGGAUGGCCCGAUCCACCCGCCAUGGACGAUACGCAGGCAAAGCACGUUCUCAGCGUCAUGACCUUGCUCAUCAAGCAGAACGUCGCUAGAGACGAUGUCAGCUUUUCCUCCAUCCACGAAGGCGUUGAGUCGCGCCCCUCCUCCAAGAAUGACCCCGCCGCUUCUCACAGCAUGUCCGCGCGCGCCGCACCCUCGGAACGGUCGCUGCGAGACAUCAGCCUCCGCGACGCCUCGUCCGGCUUCUCCACCAGCAAGACCUUCAGCAGCCAGUCGGGCUCACGGCUCGCUCGCGAUGACUCCGACUCUCGCGAGGACAGUAGCACGGCCAGUCUCGGUGACAAGUUCCCCGAAGUCUUCAUGCCCAGCUCUCUUUGCCUCGCUACCUCCACAAGCCUUCACGUCCUCUAUCCUUGCUUUCCGCCCACACGCUCUCCAUUCGAUACGCCGCCAUGCAUUGACGAGCCCGACAUGCUCAAUGCUGCUGCUGCCUCUCCCGCCGCCUCUGCACUUCAAGGGAACAGAGCCGAAAUGACAGAGCUCAGCUCGUCCGCCAAGUUCAACGCCUCUUCCUGGACUACCACCGCCUUUAGCCAGGACGUCGAGGGUUCCGACAUCCCCAGCCACCUUCAGACUCGCAUCUAUCGUCUCGCCAGUCAAGUCGUCUUUUACCUCAGUUCGAGCAAUUGGGUCGUCGUCAGUGCCCGACUGCGCAACCGACUCUACUACCUCAGCUCGACAAUCGAAGAGGCUCCUAGCACGGCUGAGUUGCGGCUGCUCGAGUGCUCCAACUUUGAGCGUUCGCGCCUCGCCAGCAUGCUGCAGGAGGUGGGCACCUCGUUCCCCCAGCUCAAACGCAGUGCGCAGUACGCGGUUGCCCUCACGCUCCGACGUGCCAUCUGGUCGUGGAUCCAGUAUCAUCCGACCGAGUUCGCCAGCUUGGCUGCCGCCAAUCGCCGCUUUGAAGGAAGUCCAGAUCUUGUCUUUGACCAGGUCUACACGCUCGCCGACACCACCAAGCGCAAGAUUGCUUUUUGGCCCAUGCUCACAUCGCUCCUCAUCCUCUGCCCAGACUUGGUGGGCAAGGCCGCCGUAGGAGAGAAUCGUAAAGCGAGUGGCAGCCUUGCCAAAAAGUUGUCCUUCAUCGACGGACUCCGCCGACCUCCCCGCAACACUGCCCUCGUCGACGUCGCCACUCUCUGCUGCAUUGACCUCUUCAAAGCCGCGGCUUCCGUCCCUCGAAGCGAAAACGGUCUUCGCCUCAUCGUACACGACCUCGAGGCCGAGCUCAAGGAACGCCUAUUCGAUCCCAAGCGGCCUUUGGCUAGCGGCAACAAGCCCAUCGAGCUCAUGCUCAUGGUCGACUUCUUUGCUGCGCUCUUCCGCCUCGACCCGCAACGUGCCAUCCGCGAGCUUGUUCCGGUCUGCAUGGCCGAGUCGAGCCCUAUCCACUUUAAGAUUGCACUCGUCAAGGCAUGUGUGCUGCUCGCCAGCGAACGCCAGCGCCUCCCAUGGGCUCCAGACGUGAGCCUCUUGUAUCCGCACACUUCCCCUCAGCUUCGCGCCUUCUUUCGAGAAACGACUUACCGACUACCGCGCUUCGACAAUCGCGAAGCAGCUCGCAAGCGCGCGGCGUCCCGAUCGGCUUCGGCCAGUCACUUCCGCCACGUCUCGCUCUCGGUCUCGGCCGCGACGGCUGCGUCCAGCGUAGAGGAGCUCGGCCGCCUGGAUCUGCUUCAAUCCAUACUGCAGCUGUGGACACUCGAUGUGGCUGCGCUCACUCAAGGUCUCGACUUGACCCAACCCAAUGCGCUGUCAUCCCUUUCAGGUGGCAUUGUCCCUUUUGAUCGCGAGACCAUCCUGCGCAAUGCCGUGCCCAUUGACAGCAUGCUUGGCUUCACGAUAUCGGUCUGUUCCCUCUUUUCCACGCCGCCCGAGUUUGCUACCUAUCGCAUGAGCUGUGCGGCCUUGCUUGCCCGCGUCUACCACUGUGGCCUGCUCGAUCCCAAAUUUGCCGAGUUUUGCGAUCACCAAUGUCGUGUUUCCCUCUCGUGCCUGCCCUUCUUCUUCAACAUCAUCACCGAGCAGCUCAUGUCCUCUGAUGCAUCCGAGAUGCAGCGCCAUUAUCUGGAACUCCUCCGUCGGUCACAGCUGCGGCGGACCUUCUUCAUCGGCAAGGAUAGCGAUUGGACAGACACGGUCAAGGCCUCGGUCUAUCCACCAGAGAACGAGCGCAAGCUCGAAUACAUCUGGGUUCAGCUUGUCACGCUGGUGAUGAUCUGCUCUAGCGACACCGAAGUCUGCUCGCGCGCCAUGCAGUGUGCCCGCGACUACGCCAAGCUUACGGCCUCCAUCACCGACUACUACGAUUCGCUGCCCGACGAAUGGAUCCGCCUUUACACGGAUCUGAGCGAUCCAAACGUCCUGCACACGGGACGUAUCGCUCAGCAGAAGCGCAUUCGGGCGCUCCUACGGGAUAUUGAAUCGCCAUCGGCAGCCAGCUGGCUCGCGUGGAAAGAGGCCUACUCACGUUGGUCCAGCCUGACGCCUCUAGUAGCCAGGCCCGUCGCAGAUGACACGCUACCGGCACAGGACAAGGCAGGACAGUGGCACAAUUAUGCGGGGUUCUUGUGCGCCUUCGGAGGCGCUUGCUUCUUGGCAUCCACCGCCAUCAGCUCAGAGAUCGAACCGCUCGUCGCCAAGAUCUUGCCACAGUUUUCCGACCUCGAACAGCAACCUGCUAUGUUGGUCGAACAGUUUGUGCAAGAGAUGGUGGACCUGCUCGUCUCCGACUCAUUGUGGGUGAGGGAGAAGGCCAAGGAGACUCUCGGUGUCGAUCUCAGUCCUCGCUUGGUCGGCAUUCUCUUCCGCCAGAUCCAUGCCGUGCUCAGCGACUUUUUCGACAAGGAGACAGGCUAUCCAAAGACGAACGAGAUGUAUACUGUGUUCGUCGAACAGAGCAUCGGCGUUGCCACCAUGGUGCUCGCGCGCCUCGACGAAGUCAAGACCUCUUCGUCGACGUCCAAAGUGGACAUUGGCUCGCUGAUGGUACUCUUCGUCGAGUACGCCAACUCGCUCGGCCGCGACGAGCAGGCGUUGCGCAUCAAAACGGCCAUGUGCCAGAUGUGUGAGGCUCUCAUGCGCAAAAAGGCGGCCUUUUCCUUUUCAAACGAGCUGCGCGUCCGCAACCGUCUCUUUCAGGCGCUCACCACCUGGACCUCCGACGGCACAGAGGAUGGCUCGCACUCCACGUCCCUCGAUGCACUCGACCGGCUUCAUCGCGAUCUGGACGUCGCUUGCCUCAAGUGCAUCUCGAUCCUGCUCGACAAACUCCCGCUGCUGCUUGCCGACGACGCACUCCUUCUCGACGACAAGGUGGAACGUGCCAAGACUCGCCACUUUGCCAUGUACUUUGGCUAUUUCAUCCAGAUCCUCAAUCGUGCCAGGCACUCGGAGACGAAAGCAUCCACGCGUGCGCGCGCUCUCACCGAACCAAAGCCGCUUGCGACCACCAAGAGCAGCAAGAUUGACGCUGGGCGCGACUUCGCACCUCUCCGCGAGUCGGCGAUCCUGGCACUCUCAAACCUGCUGGCAUCCAAUAUUGACAGUGGACUGCACAACUCGUUGCCACUGGCCUAUCACGAAGAUCCGCGGAUCCGCACUGCUUUCAUGCAGAUCAUGACCAACGUACUCGACCAGGGCACCGCCUUUGACGAGCUCGAACGCAUGGGUGGCGCGCGCCAGUCGACUCGCUUGGUAGACCUGGUCUGCCAGGAAAAUCUGCAGCUGGCGCUCUCCAUCUGCCAGGUGUGCCCGAGCCGCGACCUCGAGCCGAUGAGCGUACUGCUACUCAGCAUGUUUGAUGCCAAAGGUGGGCUCAUUCGGUUCUUGAAGGCUGCUGUCGAAGAGGAAAUCCAGCGCACUGCCACCGAGGAGAUGGUCUUCCGCAGCAACUCGUUCGGCACCACGCUCUUGUCCACGUUUACACGUACGCACGGCUACGACUACCUGCGAUCCAUCAUAGCGCCGCUGAUCGCCGAGUUCGCUCGUAAGCCGGCCGGCUUCUCGGUGGAGAUGGACCCUUCGCGCGUCGAACCCGGUGGUAGUGCGCUCAAGAACCAGAGCGCUCUUGAGGAGAUCGCACAGUCCUUUGUCGACGCCAUCUGCUCCUCGGCGCACCGUGUUCCGGCCGUCAUGCGCGAGCUCUGCCGUCACAUUCGCAACGUGCUCGAUACGCGCUUCCCUGCUUCGCGCUAUCAAGGUGUGGGAGGCCUCAUCUUCUUGCGCUUCAUCAGCCCCGCCGUCGUGUCGCCGCACCUUAUCGACAUCAACCUCACAGGUCCGAGCAAAGACCUGCGACGCGGCUUGGUCUUGAUCAGCAAGAUCCUCAUCACCCUCGCCAGCAACAAUCUCUUCUCGAGUCACAAGGAGCCAUUCAUGACCGGACUCAACGACUUUCUCAAGAGCAACGUCUGGAAGGUGACCGCCUUCCUGGACCAAGUGUCGGACGCCCGCACGGAUCCAGAUCGCCUUGAUGCUGCCGACCAACCGCUGGAGCUCGGCAUCCAUCCCAACGUGUACGGCAUCGACGAGCGCGACCAAAAGAUGCUGCACAAGUUCCUCUUCGAGAAUGUCGACAAGCUCGGCCAGAAUCUUGCUGAUCGCGCUUCCAAGCGGACCACGGCGGUCGACGUGGCUUCCUUUGAGAAUGACAAGACGCUACAGCGCCGCAGCGAAGAAGCCAAGCACGUCUACGACGACUUGUGCGAUGCGCUGGCCAUCGAGGGAGAGCCGAAGGGCGACGACGUGCCCGAACCCUCGUUCGGUGCUGGCAACUUCCAGGACUUCCUCCGCAGACACGCGGGCCGCAACAUUGACGAAGGGAGCUACCGCUCCAUCUUUUACGAGGGACCCGCAUCUCGUGCCGGCCGACCGGUCCUUUACUACUCCGUGCACAAGCAAAAGGCGGAUACGGUCGACUUCGAGGGCCUCAUUCUCUAUGUUCUGCAGACGCUCGAGACCUUUGCUUACCGCCAGUUUGACGUUGUCAUCGACACCACUGCCUGCCAGCCGUUCAACGUGACGCCGAGUCAGUGGUUGCUCUACUUUAGCUCGCUGGUGCCCGCUUCGAUCCUCGCCAACGUCGUCAACGUCUUGUUCGUCAACCCCAACACCACGGCAUGCGUCGAGUUGCAGUUCUGGAGCGCAUCGACGUACAACGACUCUCCGCUCAAGCUCGAGUUUGCGGAUCGCCUGACCUCGCUACAGAAUGUGGUGCCGUGCUCGACGCUCUCCGAGAUUGAGUCGUGGAUCGAGCCGCGCAACCUCGCUUUGGACAAGGCCACUGUGACUAUUCUGGGCUCUCCGGCCGAGGUGCGAUUCGACCAAAUCACCCUGGUAUGGUACUACCGCAGCCUGACGCCAGUUACCUUCCUGAUCGGCGGCGAAUACUUGCAGAUCAAAGGCUUGAAGCAGCAAGAUUGGUUGCCCAACGUUCCAGUCCGCCUGAACGACGUCUUUCACCUCUCGGACAUCGACGACGUGCGUUCCAUCUCGAUUCGCGGUGAUGACAACACGUUCUUUAUAUCCUGCCGCAAUGGCUCGAUCAACUUUGUCUUCAACUGCCGCGAGCGGUCCGAGGUGGUGCAGGCGCUGCGACAGGCCAAGGCACGUGUAUCCAAGUUCCGUGCUAGCAAUGCGGUGGAUCGCGUCCUGCGGCCCAAGGCCGUACCGGGCACCUUGCUCAACAUGGCGAUGCUCAACAUCACAAGCAACGAUUCGGCUUUGAGGCUGAGCGCCUAUAACCUGCUGUGCGCCCUCUCCACCUCGUUCAACUUUGGCGCGAGCAGUGCCAAGAAGCGGCUGCUCAGCUCGCGUGGCCUGGCGCUUCCGGCCAACACGAUGGCGUUUGUGACGGACCUCAGCAAAGACUUUGCCGUGGCGGCACCGGGCGUUACGCUCGAGUUCCUGCUGUCGUUCUUUGACGGUUUUGAGCGUGCAGCGCCCAGUCAGAAGACAGUAUGCUUGCACUACCUGUCGCCGUGGCUGUCAAAUCUGGUCAUGUUCGUGCACACGUCGCGCGAGCAGCAGGGCGAGUAUCAUCGGCGCAUCAAGGAGAUCCUCAACCAGCUCAUCAGCAUCACCACCAAGCAGCCAGACAUGUACGCAAUCAUGCAACGCUGCGUGUGGUCGCAGCUUAGCCGCCUCGACGACCUCAUCCCGACAUUCUUGGAUGUCUUCACCGAAGCGGCCAUGGACUCGGGCCUGCACACGGAGCGGUUCGAGGCGGUGCUGGACACGAUGGUUUCGUUUGCCUCGAUCAAUCUGCGCGGCAAGCUGCUGUCUCGACUGCGCAAGGUCGUUGCCAAGACGGCGCAGAACCCGAUCGUUUCUCAGCUGCAUCUCACUGCCUCGUGGAAGGAGAUUGCGACGCUUGUGAGGAUGAACAUGGUGCUCUCGUUCACCAACCGCGUCGAGACGCUGCUAUACCUGCCCGAACUGAUGCAUGUCAUCCUGCUGCUUGCCGGCAACGGCGUGGAUGCAACGCGACAGUCGAUCUACGGCAGCGCCAUCAACCUGGUGCACUCGCUCUGCACGGAAGACCCGCGCGAGGCUCGCAAGCCUGAGGAGGCUAUGCCGCGCAGCGCCGAGGCGGUGGCCGAGCUGGGUGUGUUGCUCGAGCAGCUCGCCGAGCCCGAGUCGCUCAAGCUGUUCGGGCUGCCCACGGCCAGUUCGCAAGGAGGCAGCGCCAAUGCAGCGUUUGCAGCGUCGCAGGAGAUUGUGCGUGACACGCCCGACAAUGCUUCGAUCGAGCGACUUGCGACGCUGAUGUACGAGAUUGCAGACGUCGCUGCGCCCAACACAGACGCUGCCAACAGCUGGCGCGCACGAUUGGCGAGCUUGGUGACGAGCACUGCCUUCCAGUACAAUCCGAUCAUCCAGUCACGCGCUUUUGUGCUGCUGGGAUGCUUGGCGCAGGGCGAGAUCGAUGACGACUUGCUGUACCAGAUCCUGGUCUCGUUGCGCGGCUCCAUCUCGGAGUGGGCGAGCAGCAACUCUGAUAUGCCCAUGAUCAGCAUCGUGACGUGUCUGAGCAAGGUGGUCAAGAUCCUGCCUCCGCGGUCGCGCUACCUGCCGCAGAUGUUCUGGCUGGGCAUCGCGAUGGUACAGUGCGGACACGUGCCGCUCUUCAAGGCUGGCGUGGAGCUGAUGCACGCGACGGUGACGAGCCUCUGGGAGCACGGCAUGGCCGCGAGGGAAGGCAACGAUCUCGUUGGAUUCCUGCUGGAUGCGCGUUUCGAGUUCCGCGAUCUGGCAUGCAAGCUCGACGACGAGACCGGGGUCGACUUCGAGAUCAACUUUUCGUUCGGCAUGGCAGCUUUACUCGUCAAAGGGCUGCGACAUCCAUCAACCAAGGAAGCGACGACCAAGCUCAUGCGGGCCAUGCUGCAAUACUGCGGGGUGGACGGGCAAGGAGAGCGACGAUCACAGGGGGGUCGGAUCUCGGAGCGGCAGCUGGGCUUCUUUGUGGGUCUUCUGCCCACGGCGACGCGAGCGGAAGAGUUUGGACAGCUGCUGGCGCUGGCAGGCGUUGACGCCAGCGUGUGCAACUCGGCGGUGGAAGCGCGACGGUCUGGGUACAAGGGUCUGCGAGACCACCUCGACGUCCUCAACAACCGCAUCGCUCUGUUGCUUGUGACGUUGGUUACGUCGUUGUUGCAGCACGCCGAAUCGGAUGCGGAGAGGCUGCUGCUGUACGGCUUUCUCAACGAGGCGGCGCGCGAAGUGCCGGCGAUCGUCAGCAUCCUGUACGACAGUCUGGCGCCGAGCAUGAAGGACAUCUUUGUCAACUGCUCCAACGGUGCCAUUCUGGACGCGGUGCAUGGGAUCGCCCAGACAGCCGUCAGCCAGCCGUUCUUUGCGGCGCAAGCACGAGAGACUGCAAAGCGAGGUGGACCCACGGCCUAUCUCGCCGAAUCGGGCUAUGCGAGCCUGCUCGGCUGCGGCGCGUUUGUGCCUCUGAUGGAAGGACGUCGACACGUCCUAUGCAAGCUCAGCAUUCAGCUGGUGCUCGGCCUGACCGACGUUGGCACCUCCUAA